AUGUGGACAAUAAACGAUUUCCCUGCAUAUGGUAAUUUAUCUGGAUGUACGUAUAAAGGGAAGGCAGCCUGUCCUCUUUGCGGUGAAAAUACACUUUCAAACUGGUUGGCAUUUAGUCGUAAAACUGUCUACUUGAAUCAUAGGAGAUUUCUUCGUCAUAAUCAUCCUCUUCGGCAGAAAAAAGACUGGUUUAAUGGAGAGAUUGAGAGGAAGGAAAAGCCACCUGUUAUGUCUGGUGCUGCGGCACUUGAAUGUCAGAAUAGUAUUACAAAUGAUUUUGGGAAAGCGGAGAAGAACGAGGAGGAGAUAAGGAAAAGAAAGAUCAAAAGAAGAAGAAUAAGGCGGAAAAGGGAUGUUGUUGCUGAUGCGGCUAUUUCUGGUGCAAAUGAUGAUGAAACUGAACUUCGGGUGUUUAACAAACGGUCAAUAUUCUUCGACUUGCCUUACUGGAAGGAUGAGAAAUUUAAAGGUUCCAUUGGUUUUAGUUCUGAUCUUAGAAAGCAUUUCUCAAAAGAUGGUUGCUUAGGUGUUCUUAAGGCUCAUGAUUACCAUGUUCUUAUGCAACAAAUAUUACCCGUUGCUUUGCAAGGACUUUUACCUGUAGGGCCAAGGGAGGCAAUUUUCAGGUUAUGUUCUUAUUUUCACGAAAUAUGCCAAAGGGCAGUUGAUCUCCAUAGAUUAAUAGAACUUGAAGUAGAAGUUGCUGAGACUUUGUGUAUGUUUGAGAGGUACUUCCCUCCGUCACUUUUUGAUGUCAUGAUGCACUUGACAAUUCACCUAGCUCGAGAAGUGCGAUUAUGUGGACCUGUACAAUAUCGUUGGAUGUAUCCAUUUGAAAGGUAUAUGAAGACAUUCAAAGAAUACGUAAAGAAUUAUGCACAACCUGAAGCUUGUAUAGCCGAGUGUUAUCUUGGAAUGGAGAGUGUUAGGUAUUUUGAUAUUCGUAAGGCCCAAGCAGCUGAAAAAGGAGUAGAGCAAAGGCGUAACGAAAACACUCAAAAUGGUUCCACACCGGCAGCACGUCCUCUUUCUAAAGGUGUCCAAGUGCGUAUGGAUGGUGAGAAGUUAAAGAUAGCUCACAGAUAUGUGCUUUUUAACACACCCGAAAUUGACCCAUAUAUGAUAAUGCAUAUGGACGAGUUAAAAUCUCCUGCUGGGAGGGCAAUUACUAGUGAAGACCAACUCAAUUCCAUACAGUCUGACACAUUUGCAGAUUGGUUUCAACAAAAGGUUAAGAUGCAAAUUGAACAAGGCAUGCCAAUAUCACACACGGUAGAAUGGUUGUCAUAUGGGCCGUUGGAAAACUGCAUAUCAUAUAAAGGCUUGCUUAUCAAUAACACUAGGUUUAUUACGAAGGAUGUUAAGAGAGUCACACAAAACAGUGGAGUUUCAAUUGAAUCAACAACCUUAGUUGCAGGAUUGUCAGAAACUAGUGGGUUCUAUGGUGUUUUAGAAGAAAUUCUAUUGUUGGACUACAAUCAUAUGUUUCAAAUUCCAAUAUUCAAAUGUGAUUGGGCUCACACCAAUUUUGGUGUGAAGGUAGAAUAUGGCUUUACAUUAGUCAAUUUAAAGCAGCAUAAGAACCAAUACUGUAACGAUCCAUUCAUUUUAGCAAAGCAAGCGCGACAAGUUUUCUAUUCUCGAGAGUCAAAUACAUCUAACUGGUAUGUGAUGGUGAAACCACCGCCCAGGGGUUUCCAUGAAUUAGAGGAAUACAAUGAAAAGCAUGACACAAUUUUCCAGCCAGUGGAUAUUUCAACUCUUGGUUUCCAAAUGGAUGACGAGAACGAGAGUUACUUAAGAGAAGAUGGGGAAUAUACCAUAGUGGUUCCGAAAAAGAAGAAGAACAAAAAGAAGAAGAAAAAGAAGUUCACAACUGAGUGUGUAGUUCUGUAUGAGUUUCCUGCUAUUCUCAAGUUUCUUGCUACAGCUGAGUGGCUGCUUUUGUUAUCAUCAUUUGUGUGUGAAUAUCGGUUUGAAGAUGGUAAUGUUUUUCAGAAUAUUUGUUUGUUUGAUGGUAUACUUUUGCCAUAA